AUGUCGCGAAUGAGUGAACCCAACUUCAAAUUCAGUCGCUGGUUAUCCCAACCCCCAAAUGGGGAGGAAGUCGUCGUCACCGGAAUGUCCGGGCGUCUCCCGGACUCGCACAACCUCCACCACUUCCGGGACAACCUCUUCCGGAAAGUGGAAAUGGUCAGUGACGACGACCGGAGAUGGAAACUUGACCACAAGGAAAUCCCCCAACGCACCGCCAAAAUCCUCGAUAUUGAUAAAUUCGAUACCGGAUUUUUCGGAUUGCACUUCCGGCAAGCCAAUACCAUGGAUCCCAUGAUCCGGAUGGUACUUGAGUCGGCGAUUGAGGCGAUUUUUGACGCUGGUUUUAACCCAUCGGAGUUGGAAGGUACCAAAACCGGAGUUUUUAUUAGUGCCUCUUGGUCGGAUAUGGAAAACCGGACUUUGACUAGUAUUACGGAGCCGGAACGGUACGGAAUCACCGGAUAUCUCCGGUCGUUGCUUGCACAAAGGAUCAGUUAUUAUCUCAAGUUGAAAGGACCGUCGUUUAUUGUCGAUACGGCAUGUUCUAGCUCCGGAAAUGCACUAGAACAUGCCUUCAAGGCUAUUAGAAGUGGGCAAUGCGAACAAGCGAUUGUGGGAUGCUCUAAUCUGCUGCUACAUCCCGGAAACUCGCUACAAUUCUUCCGCUUGGGAGUGUUGAGCAGCGAGGGCAAAUGCCGCGUCUUCGACCAAGACGCCAGCGGCUACGUCCGUGGCGAGACCAUAGCUUGCGUUUUCCUCCAAAAAUCGAAAAACUCCCGCCGAAUUUACGCCCAAAUAAUCAACGCCAAAAUCAACUCCGACGGUUUCAAAGAGCAAGGAAUCACCUUCCCCUCGACUCAAGCCCAAAAACUCCUCAUGAGGGAAAUCUACGCCGAGAGCAACAUCCACCCCAACCAACUGAGCUAUCUAGAAGCCCAUGGAACGGGCACCCAAGUCGGGGAUCCCCAGGAAGUCGAGGCCAUCGACGCGGCUUUGGCCAAAACCCGAAACAAAACACUACUAGUUGGCUCGGUGAAGUCCAGUAUUGGGCACACAGAACCGGCCUCAGGACUUUGCUCCCUAAUUAAGGUCUUGUUGGCCAUGGAAACGGGGCUAAUUAGCCCAAAUAUCAACUUGAAACGCAUCAAAGAAGGCAUGGUGGGGUUUGAGAAAAAUCGCAUGAAGGCUGUGACCGAAAUUACUGAACUAGAAGGCAAUGAAGCGAUUAUUGGGAUUAACAAUUUUGGGUUUGGUGGUAAUAAUUGUCAUGCACUUGUUAGAAGAUUUGGGAAAAUUAAACGAAAUGGGGGAUUACCCGAUGAUGAUUUGCCACGACUUGUGUGUGUCAGUGGGAGGAGUCAAGAAGCCGUUGUGCAACUUUUGAAUCAAGUCAAUUCGAAACUUGACGUUGAAUUUAUUGCACUUUUACACCAGAUUUUCAAAAAAGAUGUACAAAAUCAUCUGGUUCGGGGGUUCACUAUUAUGACCAAAAAUGGGCCUUUGGUUACCUCCACUCGACUCAGGCGCCCUCUAGACACACCAUUUUAUGUCUAUUUUGGGCAAUUUAGCCAAAAUUACAAGGUUUUGGGACAGUUUUUGAUGAAUUUUCCUGCGUUCCAAACUACGAUCUCAAAGAUUAAUAACAUUCUCUCGGGUAAAGUCCCUACAAAGGGCUACCAACAGAAUGUCCUCGGCCCGAUUUUCGUCCAAUUGGGCCUUGUCGAUGUUUUAAAAACCCUAAACUUAUUUCCUGUGGUCUACGGCGAUGGUUGUGGAAAACUAGCAAGUGGCUAUUUUUACAACAAUUUAACACUCGAAGAGUGCAUAAACAGUGCUACCAAUCACUACGAAACCAAAAGAACGCUAGAUUUCGGCCCGGAACUACUAAAUGGCCAACUACGAUCCGAUUCAUUGACACAUGAGAGUCUCCUCGACCUGAAAAAUGCCCUAAUCCUGAAUAUUUCAGACUCGAAUUUAAAUAAUUGCGACGUGAUGAUCACCGAUGGUAUCAAAAUUAACUUCCUUGAGACAAUUGGGCGGUUGUUUGAGUUAGGCCACACCCCUCAUCUCCACGAGUUAUACCCCGGAGUUGAGUUUCCGGUAAGUCGGGGUACUUCCAUGAUCUCGCCUUUUGUCAAAUGGAACCACAAUCGGAGUUGGUUCACUUACAAAUUCCGGGAGUUUACCAUUACGGAUGCCGAGCAACGCGAUUAUUUCAUUUCGUAUGUGUACGACGAGUACAAGUUUAUGCAAGGUCACGUGAUUGAUGAUCGGAAUCUUUUCCCUGCGACCAAGUAUUUGACUCUAGUUUGGGAGACUUUUGCCCAAAGUCGGCGCCUACUGCCUGAAGAUGUGGCUGUUGUUUUUGAAAAUUGCAAAUUUGUGAGAGCUGUCACAAUGCCUAAAUCCGGUUUUGUGAAACUUCUAGUGACCAUUGGACUCGGGAAUGGCAAUUUUGAGGUUUUGGAAAAGGACACUUUGGUUGUGAGUGGGAGGAUUAGGACGUGGGAGGAGGCGGCCCAAAAAGAGGCAGAUUUUGGUCCUAUUGACCUAGGAAAUGACCCUAGUCACAUCCUCGAACAUGACGAGAUCUAUCGCGAGUUGUAUUUGAGGGGUUAUAACUACAGUGGUUUGUUCAAAGGUAUAGCGAAAUGUAACGUGGAUGGUUCUUCCGGUUUGGUCAAAUGGGAGGACAAUUGGUGCACUUUUACCGAUAAAAUGUUACAAUUGAAAAUUUUGCAAAAUGAUACGAGAUUGCUUUAUGUUCCCGUGGGAAUACAAAAAAUGGUCAUAAAUCCCCUCAAACAUAAGAAAAUUGCUGAGGAAUUGGGAGGGGAGGGGGCCCUAAUCCCGGUUUAUUGCUACAAGGAUGUCAACAUUAUCAAGUCCGGAGGGAUCGAGAUUUUGGGCCUCCAAGCCAAAUCAAUCGCCAAGAAAAAGCAACGCUUAGAGCCGGUCCUGGAGAAGUACCAAUUCGUACCAAACAGUACCACUAUGAACCUCCCCGACUCAAUCCGGAUCAACACCCAAAUAAUCAUCGAAAAUUCGCUUGAAAGUCAUUUCAAAUCGGUUGAAAUCCUCGACGAGACCUCAAAAUCAACUCCUUUGUCCCCCUUGUUCUGCAAAGCCCUCGACGACGUCCCUGUGAUAACCCCAAACGUGGUAAUUUCAACCAAAAUGACACUUGAGGACAUCCCCGGAGUCAAAAUCGAAGAUUUUGUCCUCACACCUGAGAGUAAUUUACUCCUAAUCAUCGGUACCAAACUCCUCCAAAGACCCACAAUUCCCAAACUCUACUUCCAAGCUUUGAGUACCAAAGGUUUUCUAAUUUCACGCGAAUCCAAAGAUUUCCAUUCGGAAAACAUCGAAAAUCUUGAAAUUCUCACCGAAUUCACAACUCCGGACGAGAAACUAAUUCUGUUCCGGAGAAACGGUACCAUUCCGGUACCACACUUUGUACGAAUUUCCCCGGAUUCGUUCGAAUGGUUACCGGAGUUGCAAAAAGCGGUGAAAACCGACGACAAUGUGAUCGCAUUCGGUCAAAAUCACACUCCGGAGGGGAUUUUAGGCCUUGUCAAUUGUCUACGCCCGGAACCGACCGGAAAUAAGGUCAAGUGUUACUUCAUCAUGGACCAAUCCCCGGAAUUUGACCCCCAAAAUCCGGUUUUUGCCAACCAAAUUCGCAAAAACUUAGCCAUAAAUGUGUACAAAAACGGAAAAUGGGGGACUUACCGCCAUUUGCUUUUGGAGGAGUUGGAGGAGGUGGAAAGUGAACAUUGUUAUGCAAAUGUGACAGUUAGAGGUGAAUUAGCAAGCAUGAAAUGGUUGGAGGGGCCUUUGAGGCGCGACUCGGAGGUCAAAAAAGGACAUGUUAUGAUCCUAAAUUAUUACUCGGCGAUUAAUUUCAAAGACGUUAUGUUGUCCUCGGGGAGGAUCAGUGUUGAUGUUAUCACCACUGAUAGGAGGGAACAGGAGUGUGCCGUCGGGUUCGAGUUUGCAGGACGGGAUUUGAGGGGGCGCCGUUUGUGUGGAAUGACCGACAACUCGGCCUUCUCCUCGCACAUUUCCGCCGACCCGACUCUGUUGUGGGAAAUCCCGGACUCCUGGAGCCUCGAAGACGGCGCUACAAUUCCGGUGGUUUAUGGUACCGUCCUCUACGCUCUCCUCAUGGUCCGGAAACUCAAACCCGGAAGUUCCAUCUUGAUCCAUUCUGCUACUGGUGGAAUUGGACUCGCGGCCAUCAACGUUUGUCUUCAUUACAAAUGCGAAAUUUACCUCACAGUUGGUACUCAAGAAAAGCGUGAGUACUUGAGACGCACAUUUCCUCAAAUUCCUCAAUCACGAAUCGGGAAUUCCCGUGACACGUCCUUUGAGGAAAUGAUCAAAACGCAAACUGGAGGUCGAGGAGUUGACAUUGUUUUGAAUUCUUUGAGUGAGGAGAAAUUGAUGGCUUCGGUGAGGUGUUUGGCACCUGGAGGCCGGUUUCUGGAAAUUGGGAAAUUUGACCUUGCUAAUAACACCCAAUUGGGGUUAUAUAUGAUGGAAAAAGGGAUAAGUUACCAUGGGGUUAUGCUGGAUCAAAUUUACGCCAAUAGCCCACAUUUGAAACAGGAAUUGUCCCAGAUUGUGUCUGAUGGUAUCAAAAUUGGGUUCAUUAAGCCACUCCCACGGAAAGUUUUCAAACGGGAAGAGAUAGAAGCCGCCCAUCGGUACAUGAUGACCGGCCGCCAUAUGGGCAAAGUCAUGGUUAAAAUCCGGGAGGAGGAACCCAACAAGCUUCAUGUCCCACAGGACCAACUCUUUAAAGUCCAUCCAAGGUUCUAUGCUAAUAGUACCAAAGUCUAUGUGAUCAUAGGCGGCUUGGGCGGAGUUGGGUUAGAACUAGCCGAUUGGUUGGUACUUCGCGGUGCCACAAAACUGGUACUAGUGUCACGUUAUGGUACCAAAACUGGGUACCAAAACCAACGCUUGACCAUAUGGAAGUCAUACGGUGUGAAAAUUUUAAUUUCCACCCAUGACAUUACCACCAAACCCGGCUGUCUUCAAUUAAUCAAGCAAGCGCAGACUUUGGGCCCAAUUGACGCCAUCUUCAACCUCGGAGUGGUACUAAAAGACGCACUUUUUGAAGAUCAAAAUGAAGAAAGUUUCAAAUUAUCCCGCGCUCCGAAAUCACAAGCCACUCAGUUUUUGGAUGAAAUCACUCGGAGGUUAUGUCCGCAACUCCGCCAUUUUGUUGUGUUUUCGUCAGUGGCGUGCGGACGCGGUAAUGGCGGACAAACCAACUACGGCAUGGCCAACUCGAUUAUGGAACGGAUUUGUGAAAAGCGCAAAAUUGAGGGUUUCCCCGCUUUGGCCAUCCAAUGGGGGGCCAUUGGUGAUGUCGGUUUAGUUGCGAAAAUGCAAAAAGAGAAUCGCGAAUUGGUGAUUGGGGGAACUUUGCAACAGAAAAUCUCCAGUUGUUUGGAAGUUUUAGAUAAAUUUUUAAAACAAACACAUCCAGUCGUCUCCUCAAUGGUGGUGGCUGAGAAACACAACAGGAAUGAAAGUUUGAGUGCUGUGGAAGCUGUUGCAUUUGUUCUAGGAAUUAAAGAUAUCAAAACUGUGAGCCAACAUGCCACUUUGGCCGAGUUGGGGAUGGAUUCCAUGAUGGGGACCGAAGUUAUACAACUUUUGGAGAAGGAAUACGAAAUUUAUAUCACAGCCAAGGAUGUUCGAAGUCUCACUUUUGCCAAAUUGAGUGAGAUUGAAUCUGACAGGAGCGAAACCAAACAAAGUGACACUAAGACGUCCAAGGGUACCAACUUACUAAUGAAAUAUAUCCCUGAUAGCAAAACUAGUCAUUUACCAAUAAUCAAACUUGAGAGUCGAGUCAAAGAUGAAGAAGCCCCAACUAUUUUCCUAUUGGCUGGAAUUGAGGGUGUUUUUCACCCUUUGAGUAACCUAACCAAAAACCUCCACGCCCACAUUUAUGGCAUCCAAUACGACUAUAACAACCCUGAGGACACUAUACCAGAAGUAGCCCUCAAAAUCCUACCACACAUUGAGUCGAAUUUACCCCCAAGUAAGCAAUUUAAAAUCAUUGGUUACUCAUUUGGGGCUGCUGUGGGUCUUGAAAUCGUUUCGCUUCUAGAAAAGAAGGGUUAUGGGGGUAAAAUGGUCACAAUUGACGGCUCUCCCACUUAUUUGACGUCUUCUGCUAAGGAAUAUCUUCCUGAAGAAGACGAAGCAGAGUUCCAAACAGCUCUUAUUUUCAAAAUUUUGGCAGUAUUAGUCCCAAUUGAUCUUUUAGUUGAAUUCAAAGAUAAGUUACUCAAGUGUAAAGAUAUGAAUGAAAGGUGUGAUUUGGUACUUGAGAUGCUUCCACUCGAGGUUGAGAUUAAGCAAAAAAUGGAGAAACAAGCCGCUUUGACGUUGUAUAAGAGAUUUAAAGCCGUGAUUGGGUACAAGUUUGAACAUGACAAGAUUAAAUCGCCGGUGCAUUUAAUUAAAGCCAAAUUUGCGAUGGUUAAUGAAGAAGAUGAUUACCAAUUAUCGAAAUGUUGUGAAAAUGUGCAGUUUAGUACGGUUCAUGGUGAUCAUGGCACGAUUUUGGACCAGGAGGAGCUAGUAAAACGAGUUGAGGGGUUUUUGAUUUAGACAAAUAAAAUUUAGGAAAAGUACCUGAGUUUUUAAUCUGGGGUUUUUCCUACAGAAAAC